AUGUCUAGGAGCAGAAUCUCUUUCUGUUUGUUGUGUAUGCUGCUACUCCUCUCCACGUUUUGCGAUGCAAACAAUGACACAGAGCAAAGUCAACAGAGCAGUACAACGGGAGAAGGGUUUCAGAGCGAUGAACAUAAACAGGAAGAAGCCAGCAAAGUAGAGGUGCAGCAAGACAAUUCCACCAAGAAUGAUGAGACAAAGGACGAUGGAUCGAAAGUUGAAGUUGACGAGGGUGUUGAAGUUCAAAAGGAAGAGGUCAAAAGCCCCGAGAAUGAAGAGCAGAACAAGGAAGGUGUAGAUGAAAUUCAGAAGGAAGACGUCGCUCCUGAGAACGAGGACAAAGAAGCUGGAGCCGAAAUUCAGAAGGAAGACGUCGCUACUGAGAACGAGAACAAAGAAGGUGGAGCCGACGGCGUCAAAAGUCCCGAGAACGAAGAUCAGGCCAAGGAAGAUGGAACCGAAGUACAAAAGGAUGAGGGAAACCCCCCUGAAAAUGAGGAAGACGCCAAAACCCCUGUGAACGAGAACAAAGAGAAAGAAGAUGAAGAUCAAAGCGAAGAGGUCAAACCACCUGAGAACGAGAGCAAAGAGGAUGGAACAGAAGUUCAACAGGAAGACGUCGGAAGUGCCGAAAACGAGGGCCAAAUAAAAGAUGGAGCUGAAGUUCAGGGUGAGGAUGCCGGAAACCCAGAAAGUAGCAGCACAGACACAACGUAA